AAGAGCAAUGUCUGUGCAUGUGUUCUCUUGACAAAAUGAAAAUAUCUGUUGUGCUAGAAAACAAAGAAAGGUUAAGUGUUGGACGUGGAAGACAACAUGUGGUUGUGAGAAGAUAAGUAAUAUGCGUACACAUAUUCAUCAGCGUUGGUUAUAUAUACCUAACUAAAUCGCCGCUAUCCCCUCACAAAACCUCUUCAUUGCAGAGUUAGUCGUUUCAGCUAAGAAAAGAGGAACAAAACAAUGGCAACAAUAGCAGGUGGUGUCAGUCUUUCGAGCCCAAGGAGAGUAUUUGCUAAUGCCAAGGGAUCAAACUCUGCGCCAAAGGCCCAGGCAAUUAGCUUCCCACUCUUCAGGCCCACACAUAAGUGGCCCGCUUUGGUAGGGGUGGGGAAGGCCCGGCUCAUUCGUGCAACGCCGGAAAAGAUAGCGGAUAAGGUGGAGGAGAGCAUAAAGAGCGCGGAGGAGGCCUGCUCGGGAGGCGGGACUGACGCGGAAUGCGCGGCGGCUUGGGAUGAGGUGGAGGAGCUGAGCGCUGAGGCUAGCCACGCCAGAGCGAAGCAGAAGGAGUCUGACCCGCUGGAGAGCUACUGCAAGGAUAACCCCGAAACCGAUGAGUGCCGCACUUAUGAUAAUUAAGUUAUCUUGUGUUACAUGUUUCAAUGAAUCCACUUGUAUUAAUUAAUUCUUAUUUAUAAAUUAUACCAAUAAUUCAAACUCUGCCACUCUUCCCAGUGGUUGUGUUGUGGUGGAUGCUUAGGUGCAACUUUUAUAUACUUGUAAAUGUCAACACUUCAACGUAAAUGAUGCAAAUGGUGACUUGUACACCAAAACAUUUUUAAUAAACUUACCACAUGAAUAGCUG